AUGCCUAUUAAACCUGGAUAUCAUCUCCGCAAGCGUACGCUACCGAUCUCGACGAUAGAAUACGUGAGGGGCUUUCGACAAUAUCCCAUAAACUUUUGGCUCUGCACGCUUCUGUUGUUUCUCGUGGAGCUCGGUUGUGCGAUCCUUGCUGCCCCUUCGCCCAUGCUUCUAGAGAUAGCCGUCUGUCGGCACCAUUUUGAGAAGGACAAACAACUUCUUAAUGGAGAGCCAACAGAUGAGUUUUGCAGGAGCAACGAGGUACAAGUGCAUUUCGCAUUCGUGAUAACUGUGCUGUCAACACUGUCGACAUUGGCUGCGACGAUGAUGCAAGUCCCCAUGGGCCUCCUCGGGGACAAAGGCGGCCUUCGGAUUGCUUUUAUGCUGAACACCACCAGUACCAUCUUCUACUGGGGAUGCAUAGCAAUAGUAGGUAUGGCGUCCCUUUAUGCACUUGAAGUAAGUCUACUCAUCUGGAUAGGAUCGCAACAAAACCUUCCGCUCUGGGGCUUCUAUCUCUCACCAGUAUUCGUUCUCUUAGGAGGAGGACCAUGGGUGACUGGCACGCUUGUUUUCGCUGCCAUUAGCGACAGUGUCAAGCCGGAACAAAGAACAGCGGCGUUCUCGAUCAUGGAGGCGAUAUCAGGGAUUGCGGACCUCCUCGGGCCAAUCAUUGGCGCAAUGACGAUGACCAUUCACCUCGGGAUUCCGUUUGCUCUCGCACUCGUGGUCUUCUCUUUGAUGUUCUUUCCAACGAGCUAUAUUCGUGAGAAUACAGUGAGCGAUAUGCAGGGUGUUGGGUCAUCAGAAGAUGAAACCGAGUCACUUCUCAGUGUCGACAGCACUUUGAAUCGCGAAGAGACUGAUUUAGAGCACACUGCUGGAGAACUGCUCCCCUCACGAGCCGUCAUGCUCAGUAUAUGUUUUAUCUGCUUCUUUUUCUUCCAGGCAGCAAGAGACUCCACGAACUAUUUGAUCCCGUGGGUGUCUUUACACUUUGGAGAGACCAUGGCCCGGGCUGGACUUCUGUUCUCACUACGCGCAAUCAUGUCGUCCCUUCUAUACUUCGUUAUCUUGCCGCUUGCAACUUCUUGGAUAGACAAGAGUUUACCAAGUGCAAACAGAGAUCUUACACUCUCUGCAUCUGGUGCUUUUUGCUGUACAUUGGGCACUCUCAUUGUCGCAGCCGCACCAAACCUUGCGACAGUUGCUUUUGGAUUUGCACUAUCGGUCUUGGGAUCAAGCAUGACCGUCACGUUGCGAUCCUUCCUUGCCUCUAAUGUGCAGAAUGCCUUUUCAGGGCGGUUAUUCGCGGGUAUCUCGAUGACUGGGACGAUUGGUAGCCUCAUUGGUAUGCCCAUCAUGGGAGCUGCCUAUUCUUUAGGCAUCAACUACAACAUUGGGCUUCCUUUCUUGGUUUCAGCAGUGAGUUACCCCAUGUCAGCAUUUAACCACGUCGUGGCGAGCUAA